CUUUCUGAGUGUCAAUAUUUGGGUUGUGAGGUCAGGAGGUGGAAUUGUUGCGAAAUUGUUGCUGCACGAUCUCUCAGACUGAUGUCAUCCUAAUCAAGAAUCUAAUGGUUUUAAUUAAGGGGGUUUUAAUUCAUGCAGGAAGGCCGAUGAGGUUCCUCACCCACCUGAGCGGUGGUCCCGUGACCCGGGUGAACGAGGAGCUUCACAGAGGGCCCCGCAUUCAGACAGCACGUAGACCAGCUGACCUCUCACCGUGUUAAUAUUUAACAGGUGAGCACGCUGAAACGCCCAGUCCAUAUAAAAGCAUGUGAUGUGUCAGCGUGGUGUAGGUGUGUUUACGAGACAGAGAGAGAACGAGAGGAAGGGAAAAGAGAAAGGGAGAGAGAGAGAGACUGUUAUAAGGAACUACCGGGAGACACCUGUCAAACUGGAAAGAGGAGCCGGGGAGGUGACAGCGCUUCAGUGGCUGCCAGCUUCCUGGAACCACAGCACAGCUCAUUCGCCUGUCUCUGCCCUUCUCCUCAACACUCUUACUUGAGUUUGAGCCAGCUGGAGGAACGACACCGCACUUUUUUUGGGAUUUCCUUUUUAUUGCUUUUUUCCGCUUUCUGAGACAUAGCCUGGAGCUAUGGCGGACUUUCCGGCCAAGGUGAGCACGGAGACGAGCUCCCCCCCGUCCCAGGGCGUGGGGAACCGCUUCCAGACCACCGUGUCCCAGUACGUCUCCACGGACCUCGACUUCCUCCGGACCAUCCCGGCCGGCCUGAUGCUGGUGGAGAUUGUCCUGGGGCUGCUGGUGUGGGCCCUGAUUGCAGCUAGCGGCUACUCCAACAUCCCGGCCUACGGCUGGGUGAUGUUCGUCAGCGUCAUCUUAUGGCUUCUCACCAUCUUCCUCUUCUGCUUGCUGUUCUUUGGGGGUCGGAGCAAGUUGAACUUUCUGCCCUGGCCUUUGGCGCUGCUGGUCUUCAACGCGUCAGCGACCAUCCUCUACCUCACAGCUUUCAUUGCCAACGCCGCAUCGGUGUUCAAUGACCACCAGGCGGCAGCAGCGUUCUUUGCCAUUGUGGUGACCCUGACGUAUGCCGCCAGCACCUCCCUCUCCUUCUUAUCCUGGAGGGGAGACGGGGGCAACGCGGCCGGCAGCACUGUUCCAGCGUAAACACCCCGGACAGGCAACCCCCCUCCCCAACACAUUACAUUACAUUACAUUAUUGGCAUUUAGCAGACGCUCUUAUCCAGAGCGACAUACAGUUGAUUAGACUAAGCAGGAGACAAUCCUCCCCUGGAGCAAUGCAGGGUUAAGGGCCUUGCUCAAGGGCCCAACAGCUCUGCGGAUGUUAUUGUGGCUACACUGGGAUUAGAACCACCGACCUUGUGUCUCCCAGUCAUUUAGCUUAACCACUAUGCUACAGGCACACCCUCGCUCACCUCCCCCAGUCUGCCCUGAUAUCCUCAGACACUACGUGGCGGUAAAGAAAAGACCCUUGUUGAAAAAGUUGAUGUAACCAUGGUGGCAUGGCGACAGAGAAGGCUCCCCAGCUGAAAAAAAAACAAAACGGCUGAAGCUAGGUUUUGAAACAGCUGGUAGCUGACCGAUUCAGAUGAGCUCUAUACUCAAUAUGGUUUGACCAGCUCUGUAACACCAGCUCUAUGCAGGUCAGUGCAGGUACACAAGCCUGAACUGUGAGCCCCACCACCCUCAUACAGUAGAGUGGUGUUUCCUCAGCAGUCAGCACACCACAGGUGGAAACUCCAGGUUCAGAGAGUCCUCCCCAGUAUUUUGUUCCAAUCACCUGGAUUUGCUCAUUCGCACAAUCUUCAGCCAGGAGGUUUAAGUAAUUAGCUGGCUGAGUUCAUGGUCGAAGGAACACAUAGCAGGACUUUUAAUUUCCAACCCCUGGACUUUCUGCAACAGACAUAGUCAGACACACACACACAGAGACACACACACAGCCACUCUCUCAAACAGACACUCACAAACUAUGCAUACACUACACAGCCACUCUGUCAAACAGACACUCACAAACUAUGCAUACACUACACAGCCACUCUGUCAAACAGACACUCACAAACUAUGCAUACACUACACAGCCACUCUGUCAAACAGACACUCACAAACUAUGCAUACACUACACAGCCACUCUGUCAAACAGACACUCACAAACUAUGCAUACACUACACAGCCACUCUGUCAAACAGACACUCACAAACUAUGCACACUACACAGCCACACAUAUUUGAAGCCUGUCCACAGCUAUGUGUGAAUAUGUUCGCUGUAUAUGUGAGAAAAGGAAAUGUUUUUGUACGACUAAUUUUCAAAGCAAAGAUUGUAAUCAGACUCGUGUACAGCACUGUUGCUAGCAUUGACCUUGAAGUCUGUAUUAUUUAUAAAUGACAGUGUGAUGAA